UCUCGCGGCAACCGUUCGCUUUACACUUACGACUGAAUCUCGCGCUCGCAUAACGGAAAAUUUGCUUACAAAAUCGUUGCGGUCUUUUUGCAGUGUUCAAAAUCUGCAUAUAAGAAAAAUUCCAUUUGGUGCUGAACUAGUGUGACGCAACACUUACUAUCGUGCGUUUUCAGUUGUGAACUUUCCUUGAUGCAUUGAUAUAUUUGCUUAGAAUUUCUAGCCCCAUUACCUAUUCCGACUCGUGUGAGAUCGGGAAUAGGUUAAGCCAUACGAUAUAAGUGCGACUAAGAAUAUGGGGACGUUGUAAGAUUGUGUGUUCAGGUGUGAGAAAAAAUCCUGUCAGAUUAAUCAUGAGAAAAGAAAAUGGCCUCAUCAGUUAUCAAAGAAAUUAAGAAAACUGUGCCUGAACAGUUUCAUCAUCAAGUAGAAAGCAUAUUUGAGACCUCUUUGGAGUAUGUGGAGAAAACUUCAAAUGAAUAUGAAGGGAAUCCAAAGAGAUUCCACCAUGGUGGGGCAAGGUCGAGUGUUGCGACCCCUUCGAAGGAAAAAAACAAAGAGAGUGAGAUUGAGGCCUCUAACUUGGCCAUUGCCAGGGUCAUGAUGCAGUUAUGGUCGCCACAGAUGUUUCGAUAUGCUGAGAAUCUGAUCUUGAAGGAAGCUGUCAAAGAGAAGUACUUUGAAGAAAAAGAUUUCAAAUUUAUCUGCGUAUUUAAUGAAGAUACAGAGGAAAGUGAAAACAUCAAUUGGCUGAUUCAGGAUCAAGAUGAUGUCAUCAUCGAUCUAGUGUGGAAUAUUUUUAAUCUGAAAGCUCACUUUGAUGGCGUACAUAUUCAUCGUAUGCUUAUUAAAAAAAGUUAUGAAAGGUUAAAGCCUUUUUUAACUACUCUACACCCUGAGAUUAUUGAACGUCAUGACCUGAGUAAAUAUGCUUUCAGCCAAGCAAUUGGCUACACGCUGAAAUUUAUUCACAAAUCUUCACACCCCAUUUGGAGAGCUGCUUGCGAUCUUCACCUCAAGUAUGAACCUCAUCAUCCUCAGGCUUGGUGCAAAAAUAGAAACUCCAAAGCAAAACUUCAAAUGCUGGAAAAAUGGCUGCAAGCGUCAAGUGAAAUUCAUAGUGACUGCAUGUAUGGAAUUAAUUUAUCAAUGCUGAAUUUGGAGGAUGGCUAUUUACCUUUGCCAUUUUUGCUAGAAAGUUAUGUCGAUAUGAUUGCUAUUGAAUGGGAAAGAAAGAAAGGUAAAAGUGAAAAUAUCAGUGAUAGUGAACUUGUUUAUAUGGAAGAAAAGUUUUUAAUGCGAUAUAACAAGGAACAACGGAAAAAUAUUUUUGAAUUUGUGAACGUAGUCAUAUCAUCAGAUAACUCUUGGAGAAAUGUGAUUCUGAGUGAGAGGGAACAAACACUCAUGAAGACACUACCUGAAAAAGAUAGAGGCCCAUUAUUGUUCAGAAUUGAAAAAUGUAAAAAUCAGGAACUUCAACGGCAAAGGAAAAAGCUUGCAGGAGCCGAGUCUCUGGAAAAUAAUGAUGUUCCAAAAGAAGUACUGGAAAAGGCUUCUGAUUUUUCUUUUUAUUACAACAUUGCUUUGGUCAUCAUGGACAUUUGGGAUCCAAAGUACAGGAAGCUCAUUGAGUAUCUCAUAUUAAGGAAAGCAAUCAAAGAUGCUUUCAUUGAGGAGACUCACCUCCCGUGGAUAUAUUUUGCAGAGGAAUCAGAGGGAAGUGAAGAAAAUCCCCCCACCUCUCAAACUGGCAACAUCACAGAGUAUGAAGACAUAGUUAAGUUAGUUUGGGAAGAAUAUAAAAUGAGGGAACAUUUCUCUCAGAUGAAAGACCAUCGCUUUUGGCUUAAGAAAAGUUAUCAGCGUUUGUCCAAAUUCUUCCCAGAGUUACCAGAGGAGGUCAUUGAGCGUCACGACCUCUCAAAAUUUGCGUUUUCACAAGCUGUAGGUUAUACACUGAGAUGGGUUCAUGACAUUAACUCCCCAGUUUGGACAAGGGCUUGUGAUUUGCACCUAAAUAAAGAACCUCAUCAUCCGCAGAUGUGGCAAAUUCACCAUGGCUCUUCAUAUAAACGCAAAUGCUUAGAAGCAUAUCUUUGUCUUCAUUCAGGAGGAAAUAAUUAUGGCCUCGUUGUGAACCACCUGGACCUGACAUCAGAGAGUAUGGCUGUUAUGUUUCUUCAAGAGAGUUUUUUGGAUAUGGUUGCUGUUGAAUGGGAGAGAAAGAAAGAUAAAAAAGAUGAUUUGAAUUACACUGAACUUGUAUACAUGGAAGAAAGAACUCUUAAUCGAUACUGUUUGAAGGAUAAAGACUAUGUAGUGAACCUAAUGGAAAAAAUCCGGUCUGCUGAUAGCAAUGAAUAAAUAUGGUUUUUCAAA